AUGGCAGCCGCCUUCUUGAACCAGCUCCAUGACAUGCUCCACAAGCAGAAGCCGAUCAUGGGCGAUCACUUCGACGGCAUGCUUGCUGCACAGAAAGACUGUGCCGUGCGAGCCAUCUCGCAACACAAAGUGACCAUGCAAGAGGCAGCUGAGCUGUGCAGCUUGAUCCAGCAAGGGCCCUGGAACGAGAGCCAAAAAAAGGAGCUUGGAAAAGCAGUCUCCAACUCCGUCUCGUCGGGGAUGAUGGCUGCUGGCAAGAAGAAGAAGGGCAACCAGGCCCAGGAAGUCGACAACUUCUUCUGCUUUUUGUCAGCUGAAGACAAGCAAGUCCUGGCCGAGGCCAGUGCUGGAGUGCACUCAAGGUGCAAUCACAUCGCCGAGAUCAUGGAGAAGAUGGGCCUGUGUUGGCCAUCGGAGAAGGCGACAGGUCAUAUCGUCUCAACGAUGGCAACACUGCAGUCAGCUGGCCUUGAGUCUCCUGAUGAUUUUCACGGGGCUGAAAAGAACAAGGAUGCCAAGGACAACGAAUUUGUGGCCGUGUACAAGGAGCCAGCCUUGUUGCCCGAGAUCUACCGCAGCAGUCACAAGUCCCUCAGCAGCAGCAGCAACAUCGUUGGCAACAACAUGAUGAAUCACAGCCUGAUGAAGAAGAUGAUGGCCGACGGCAACGGCAAGAACAUGAUGGGACUGAUGAGCUGCAUGUCGACAUGCAUGCAGCAGUUUCAGCAGCAGUCCAACAGCUCGCAACUGCCGGGCUUCAAGUUGUUGGGAAAAGCCGGCGGCAACGAAGCCAGUCCAAAUCGGGCUACAAGCAUGAUGGCGACGACCCCGGUGCAGCCUCAUCAGCAGCAGCUUGCUGUGGCCGCAAGCCUGGUGCAGCCUCACGAUCAGCAGCUUGCUGUGCCCAUGGCUGGGCAGGAGCCUGUGGGUCCGGCCGAGCAGGCUCGUCAGAUGCUUGCUGCAUGGAAUGCAAACAAAGCGGCAGCAGAGGGAGAUGAGGAAGAUGAGGAGACUGAGAAGCCCCGGAAAAAGCCUGCCGCAAAGCUCCAGCAGACGAAGAGUGUGCAGCCGAAGAAGAAGCCGGUUGAAAUUGCGACCGAACGGCUGCAGCAAAUGCCGCAGCCGAAAGUUUUCACCACCCAAAGAGCCCUCGCUCAGAUCCUGAAGGAGAUUCGUGAGCUGGAUGAGCUACCUGCAGCUACAGGCCGGAGCUCGGUGAAAAGAGCUCGUGAAGAACUGCUGCAUGAUUAUGCUACCCCUUAUGGGCCCAUCUACAUCGAGCCCACACUUCAGAAGGAAGACGGCACCGAUGUUACAAUUCCGAUUUUGAGUCCAGCUGCAAUGCUGGCUUGGGCAUGCGAGCACUGUGCUGCCUUCGGCCAGCUCUUGCAGAAGCAAAUGGCACUGAAGCCGCCGACCUACGAGAAGCCUUGGACUCUGAUUUGGUAUUCGGACGAAAUCGCACCGGGCAAUCAACUGAAGCACGUGAACCGUCGCAAGGCCCAGGUCAUCUAUUGGUCCCUGCAAGAACUGGGAGCCCAUGCGAUGUCCUGCGAGUCGUGCUGGUUUACCUUGACGGCGGUUCGCAGCACCGUGGUCGCAGACAUGGGGGGGAUGGCGGUUUUGUUCCGCCAGCUGGCCAGGUUUUUUUUCGAGACCCCCGAUUGGCGGCAGGGGCUUCUGGUCAACUGCCCCAUCGGCUCUCCCCCUCUGUUUGCCGAUCUUGGCAUACUAAACUCCGACGAAGCUGCUAUAAAGCAAACCCUCUGCAACAAGGGUGCUUCUGGACUCGUGUUCUGCGUCCACUGCCAGAAUGCAGUCGACCACAAGUCGCACGUUGCUGCCAGCAGUCGGGGCACACAAGUAUCCAGCCUGGAGACCGACAUUUCCAGAUUUCGUCGCCAGACGAAGGAGUCCAUCAAAGCCUAUAUGGACUACCUCGCCGAGCAGAAGCCCUUGCAGACCAAGACAAAGUUCGAAAAGCUGCAGACUGCCCUGGGUUUUAACUUUAAACCAAUGGGCUUACUGGCCCAUGCAGCCUAUGGCCCCAAGCUGAUAGACUGCAUUAUGUUCGACUGGACGCACGUCUACCUGGUCUCAGGGCUGUUCAAUGUGCUGACAGGGCUUUUCCUUGGAGACCUCCAUCACAAUGGCUGGAAGCACAACGACAUUGAGCGGUUCGCAAGGACUUUCACAUGGCCUGCACGUCUGCGAGGUGCUGCCCCGAAGGAUGUGUUGCAAAAGAGAGGAUCCUACAGUGAUGCUCUCAAGUGCAGCGCAUCGGAGGCUCUGAACUUCCUGCAGGUGCUGCGAACCUAUCUUGUGCUCUGGGUGCUGCCGCAAUGCAACGAGGACAUGAGCCAUCUGGACCUCGCUAAGACCCGCUACGGUCUGAUGAGCUGCUUUGUGCACGAAAGAAAGCACAAAAUCAUCAAGAAAAUCACAAACCAAGUACUCGACACAAGUCGGGCUUUUGAGAAGAGCAUACUCGAUGAUGUGCUACAUGGGCAUUUGCAGCAGCUCGCCGAUCCGGCUUUUCUCCCAGGAGAAGGGGUGCACUUGGUUCAGCCUGUGCGACCAGCCCCUGCCAAGCUCCAAGCCGAGCUCCGGCGAUGCAUGAACAUCCAGGGCGAGAUCAUGACAGCAAACCAGGCUGUGCAUGCAGGGAACUUCACAGUUUCGGCAAAAGACCUCGCGGCUUUGCAUCUGGAUGGUGAAAGGCUUGUCGGCAGGGUGGGCUACCACGUCCAAGCAGAUGGGACAUGCUGGUCACAUGUCACUCUUUGGAACCACGUGCAUGGAGCCAUGUUCACCCUGUCGGACGAUGUGGCCCUUGUAGAAACCAAGCAUAUCCAUGCCACUUGUGCCUUCAGUGUGCAAGGCGACAGUGCUGUCGUGGUGCUGCCAUGA